CAAGCAAUCAUCAAUCAAUCAAGGAAUCUAAAACAAGAUGAAGUGUAUUUUGAAGAGAACAGCUGGCUCCGCCCUCCGUCUCCUCCCCCCGCCGCCGCCGCCGCUACAGGCAGCCACACGGCCCUUCCACCGCGGCGGCUCGCAGGCACCCCCGGCGGAGCUCUCGUUCCUCAGGCGCUGCUCCUCCUUCCACACCUCCGCGCGGCGGCGGCCCGAGCCGGAGCUGAUCCACUUCGCCCGACGCCGCCGCGGGGAAGGCGAAGGCGAAGGCGGCGGCCGGAUCCCGUGGUACCUCAGCUGGGAGAAGCUCUUGACCCGGGCGCUCGCCCCGGCCGCCGCGGCGUGCGCCCUGUACCGCCUGAGCCUCCAGACCGUGCCCUACACCCACCGGAGGCGCGCCGUCGUCCUGCCUGCCCGGUACGAGCGCAAGCUGGGCGAGCGCAGAUUCCAAGCCCUCAAGGAGAAGGCCGCCGCCGCCGGCAAGCUCCUCCCGCCGGACCACGGCGACGCCGUCCGCGCCCGCCGCGUCGCGGAGGAGAUCGUCGCCGCCGCCCGCCGCACGCUGAUCGGCCGCCGGGGGAACGAAGACCUCCUCCUCCUCCUGGACGACGACGCUGAGAGCCGGGACGAACCGCGGGGAGCGCCUGAGCCGGAGCCGAUGACGAAGCACCUCGUAGGGCUCGACUGGGAGGUGAUCGUCGUCGAGGACGACGAGGCCAGCGCGUCCUGCCUCCCCGGCGGCAAGAUCGUGGUCAACACUGGGUUCCUCCGCCGUUUCCAGACAGACGCCGAGAUCGCCGUCGUGCUUGGCCGCGAGGUUGGUCACAUUGUCGCGAGGCACGCGGCAGAGGGGUUCAGCAAGGCCCUGUGGUCAGAGCUGCUGAGCAUCUGCCUCUGGGGGGUCUUUGAUUGCAGAGACUUUGUGGCUAGGACAUUGCCGUUGCUGCUCGUCAAGCGGCACUUCUCAAGAAAGAUGGAGAUUGAGGCAGAUCACAUUGGGAUCAUGCUACUUGCUGCGGCUGGCUUCGAUCCACACGUAGCCCUCGAAGUCCACAAGAAGCUGAGAGAUCUCGGAGGAGAAUCAGAGUUGCGGAAUUACCUGUCUACUCACCCUUCGAGGAGGAAAAGAGUGCAGAAUUUGUCCCAACACAAGCUCAUGGAGGAGGCGAUGGAAUUAUACAGAGAAACCAAUGCCCGGAAGACAGCCAAUGUUUACUCUUGUUUCUAGAUUUUCAAAUUCUUUUGUUCUGGGUACUCAUUUUUGGAGCCUAGACGAGAAACAUGCUAAGAUAUAUAUGUUGACGUGGAUCAUCGUGUCAACAAGUACCUUUGAUAUGUGUUUUGACUAUUAGUCGACUACUCAUGGCUGAUUCUGUUAACUGAUUAAUCUUUCUGGGUCUCGCUUUCAGAAGGAUGUUAA